UGUUAUCAUCUUUACCUGUAUUUAGAUUUCCAUCGCAGAUAACCCACAGGAGAAGGCCAGAGGGUGAGGAUGAAGCCGAAUGCCCUAUCACCACCUGGGGCAGGUACUACCAGCUUCUGCCCGUAUGUGGUGGUGGUCGUGAAACGUCUUACCUUCUGCAGCACAGAGACAAUCCCCCCACCCCGGAUUCUCUGUUCGAAUCGCUUUCCACGAAUCCUAUCCAGAGAGAAAAGCUUUGAGACCUGAGCUGGAGGGCAAAACCCCAAAGGACAACAGAAUUGCCUGGCUGCUCAGAAGGACCUUCAUGACGUCAGCUGGCAAAAGCUCUGCAGGUGUUUAGAGUUGCGUUUGACGUGGCAUCAGAACUCUGUUGGUGUUUAGAGUUGUGUUUGACGUGGCAUCAUGGAAUGAGAAACUGACCUCAUUAGCUCAGACAUCUCUCUGUCUUUUGGCAAAAUAAGAGUUGUGCAAUAUCUCCUGUUUCACUGAUUCCUGGGAAAUGCCAGCCAACUGGGUGUCUUUUUUGAUCCCUGAAUGUGGCCUCCUACCUGAAGUGCUGAAAAGUACUCUUACAGAUGUUGGAGAGUACUACCUGCUGAGGAGUUUAUCAGUUCAUGAACUGGUCUCUCACGAAUUCAUUGAUACUUUUGUGAAGAAAGGUUCAUGCUACGCACUUACCUAUAACACCAAAAUUGAUCAAGAUAAUACUGCAGCUCUGCUACCAAAUGGCAAGCUAAUUCUGUCAGUGGAUAAGGAUACUUAUGAGGAGCUUGGACUGCAAGGUCGCCCUUCUCAGUAUUCUGGCAAAAAAGCAAUGAGAUAUAUUAUAACAAUUAACUUGACCGAUUCCAGCUUUCACCCUGAUAGCAAGAUGCAUAACAGAGUGCUUUGGGCCCUGAAAGACAAGAAACGUUUAGAAUUUGACAUCCUACUGGCCUGGAAUCACACAGGUGCAGAGGAAUCAACACUGUUGUCAUACUUUUCAAAACACCAAAUACAGGCCCUGAAGCCAAAAAUAACAUUCAGCACCAUAAGAGACUUGCAGUGCCCAGUGUUAGACAGUAACGAACUAGAAGGCAAGCCAGAGGAGUCCUGCAGCACGGAGGACCUGUUUGAAUGGCUAGGUGCUGUCUGGAAUCAAGUUAGCUUAGACAACAAGUCAUCUAGCUUCUUAUCAACCUAUUGCUGCCCUCAGCCCAACACAGUGGUGGAAAAAGCUUUUUUGUGCACAAUCACAGGCUUUAUAGUUCCUGAGAAGAUAAUUCAGUUAUUGGAGCAGCUGUGUUGCUAUUUUGGUGAACCAAAACUGGCCUAUUGGCUGACUUUAACUGUGCAUGGCUUUGCAGACAGCCCUGUUUCCUGGAGAGGAAGCGAACAUGGAUUCCACAAAGGAGGAGAGAACUUGUACAACUUUGUAAUUUUUAGAAAUCUGGACUACUGGCUUCAGAUGGCUGUUGGAACUUGUGAUGAUUGUCCUCCAUAAAGCUACAUCUACAGAAACUUUAAUGUUUCCAUAUUACUGUAUAGACCUAAUAAAAGGUCUGUAAAAGUUUUUUUAUAAAAGUGAUCAGGUAACAAGUACUGAAACUAAAUAUUAUUCAAUUCUUUAUAGCCCUAUGAUGAAAGGAAUGGAUUUUUAUUUCUUCACUGUCAUACAGUGCCUUCUGAGAGACCUCACAAUUCAAACUUGAAGAAAAAGAUACAUUUUUAAGAGUUACAUUCUGAUGAAAAGACUGUAGGUCAAAAGUAACUCUGGAAUUUUGAAAGUUAGUUUUACAGGUUGCUGUCUAAAAUGUUUGGGAGGAAAGCUUGUUCCGGGACUUAGAGUUUUCGUUCUUUAUAUUAAAGAUCUGUAAAACCUUCAAA